CUAACUCCCGCGCACAAGGCUUGGUACCUGGGCCAAGUGCGAGAAGUCAGCUACAGAACAACAACAAUAGUACUACUACCCAGCAAUCAAGUGAUCAGCAGGCACAAACCAUUGCAGCUAUCACGCUAGGGAAUAACCGACAACGCAGAAAAUGGACCACAAAUGUUAACGAAACCUUACUGCGAAUUUAUUAUAUAGUCACCAAAUGUGAAACAGAUAUGACAGUAUACAGAUCUAGACUACGAACCUUGUUUAUCGCUCAAUGUUCAGAAUUUAACGUUACUGAACAACGACUAUCCGACCAAAUACGCGCAAUCCGACGUAAUAACCUUGUUCCUGAGCUAAGACGAAAUGCAAUAAAAGCUGAAGUUGAGAACCAGAUAGGACCUAACAACUAACACAAUAUCUCUGAUGACACAAAUGUGACCGAUCAACCAGCUGAAAAUGACAGCGAUGUAACAGAGACCACGAACGAUCCCGAGCCUCAAAGAGGGGACCAUGUUACACCAAUCUCUCAAUUUGAAUUUGCGCAACAACAAGCUAUUUUCAUCGGAACCGACCCCCUCAAUCGACCAAACCUUGAUUUACUGUGCUGCAGCUACCGUAGCAAGAUUGUGUGGCAAGAAACUUACACCAAUAACCAGUGUCAGGAGACAAAAACCUCUCCACAACGUAGCACUACAGAGAAUCCAAAGUAAGAUAGCUGACCUACGAAGUUCGAUCGAUAGAAUCAAAGCCUUUCUGGCAGGUAACCGUGCGAGGAGAUUGCUAAACAGAGUUAACGCAAUAUGCUUCCAACAUCGUAACCACUCUAGAUAUGAAUCGAAUCAUAGCAAUGCAAACCUCGUACUGGAUACACUGACACAAAAACUAUCUGUACAGAUCUCAAAACAGAGAAAAAUUAAGAAUUCUUUAACUAGACGCGAUAACAACAAGGCCUUCAAUACCAAAGAAAAAGUAUUCUACAGAAAUCUGAGAAGUCAAAAAAAAAACGACACCGAGCUGCCUGACAUUACUGCUGUCGAACGCUUCUGGUCAGACACCUGGGCUACCCCAAAACAACAUGACCCAAAUACUAUCUGGAUCAAAGAAGAAAAAGAAAAAUUUUGUGGAAUGCCAGAGAUGAUAACUAACACUAUUUCAAUGAACAUCCUUAAAGAAACUCUAGCAAGAGCCCAAAAUUGGAAAGCCCCAGGAAGUGAUAGAAAACAAAAUUUUUGGUACAAACGCUUUGAAAUUACGCAACCGAAAUUGCUGGACCUCCUUAAUCAAGCCCUAAACACACCGACAGAUUUCCCAGACUUCCUAGUUAGAGGAACUACAUACCUCGUACCGAAAAAUAAUGGUUUCAAUCGAAACCCAGAAAAUGGAAGGCCCAUCACCUGCCUUUCAACUCUAUACAAGCUAAUGACAGCAUGUGUGAACAGAAUAAUUUACGACCACUUAAGUAUGCACAAAGUGCUAUGUGAGGAACAGAAAGGUUGCAUCAGAGGUGCUCGAGGAUGCAAAGAACAACUUACUGUGGACCAAGUUAUUAUCGAACAAUCUACAAAAAACCAAAGAAAUUUAUAUGUCAGCUAUAUCGACUACAAGAAGGCAUUCGAUAGUAUACCACAUACCUGGCUUAUCGAGGUCCUCAAAAUAUAUCACAUCCACCCAAAAGUUAUUUCCUUCCUUACACAUAUUAUGAGCAAGUGGAAAACAUGCAUAGAGAUGUUUAAGAACGGUACAUUACUUAAAACUAAGGAAAUCCCCAUUAAAUCAGGCAUAUUUAAGGGAGACUACUUCAGUGCCCUAUGGUUUUGCAUAGCCAUUAACCCACUCAGCAACAUGCUCAACUCUAGCAAGUACGGGUUCAAAAUCAAAUCGAAUAACUCCGAGUUUAAAAUAAACCACCUGUUGUACAUGGACGACCUUAAGACCUACGCAUCCACAAAAGCCCACUUAAAUUAUCUUCUGGAAAUAGUGAACAUGUUUAGCAGAGAUUUAAAAAUGGAAUUUGGAUUAAGUAAAUGCAAAACUCUGAGUAUUGUAAGAGGAAAAAUUUCGCCAUCAACACAAGAUCAAAUCUAUGGAAUAAGAGAGAUGCAAGAAAACGAAAUCUACACCUACCUAGGAGCAGCCCAAAGCAACAGAAUGGACUCGGCGAAAAUGAAAAAAGAUCUUACUAGCGAGUUCAAAGGACGCAUACAUAAGGGUGCAAAAUCACAUUUAAACGGGAAAAAUCUCAUCAAAGCGAUCAACACCUACGCCAUACCUGUACUUACUUAUAGCUUCGGUGUGAUAAAAUGGUCCACAACAGAUCUCGCAGACCUGCAAAGAAAAAUUCGGACUAUCCUGACCCAAUACAACCUCCACCACCCAAGAUCAUGCAUAGAAAGGAUGACGUUGCCGCGAAGAGAAGGAGGAAGAGGCGUCAUAGACCUCCAAACCAUGCACACCAAGCAAAUAACUUCACUCAGACAAUACUUCACCGAGCAAAGUUUAAACUCCAACCUGGUCAAAGCAACUAUUGGAGCUGACGACAAUCUAACACCAUUAAACCUAAAGAACCACAUUCACACGCAAACACCCACUAUAGAUGACCGAAGACGUGCAUGGGCUGCAAAACCUUUACACGGAAAACACUAUUAUGCACUUAGGGCCGAAAAUGUUGAUACAGAAACGUCAAACUUCAGGCAGGAGAAUUGUUUUCCGAAACAGAAGGAUUUAUAAUUGCAAUACAGGAUGGAGUGAUUGCUACCCGGAAUUAUAUGAGAUGUAUAAUGAAAGACAAUACAGCUGAGGAUAUUUGUCGUCGAUGCGGCAAUCCAAAUGAAACAAUUGAGCAUAUCAUAUCGGGAUGUACAAGUAUGGUACAAACGGACUAUCUCAGAAGACAUAACAACGUCGCUAAAUUGUUCCACCAAAAACUUUGUCAGAACUUUGGGCUUACAGACCAACCCCAGCCUUACUACCGCUAUGAACCAGAAGCCGUUCUUGAAAACGACAGAGUCAAAAUACUCUACGAUCGAACGCUCCGCAAUACCAACUACAAUGAACAUAAUCGGCCUGAUAUAACGGUAGUAGACAAGAGAAACAACACAUUUAAUGUUAAUUUUAAGAGUAAGAGUUUCAAACAAAGUUUUUUUAAUGCACAAUUUUAA